AGCCAUUUUGGCUCAAGUGUUUGGGACUGCUCCAGGAGCAGCGCACCUCGCGCGGGGCGGGCAGCCAUGCGUGCCGGCCGCCUCGCCUCGCCGUGCCCAGGCGAGUGGAGGGCUAGCCACGCGCACCGAGAGUCUUCCGGCUGGCGCCAUGGCGACAAGCCGAGACCGGGCCUGCGCGCCGCUGUACGCAGGCUCGGCUUCGCUGCCCGGACUGGUCGCUGGCCGCUCAUGAGCGACGUGGCCAGUCUCGCUCGCGUCGCUGCUCAUGCCGAUCGCGAGCCUCAUCGUGCUGGUCGCGCUGCUGCGCCGGAGCUGGAGGCUGCGGCUGCGGGCGAGGCCCGUGCUCGUGAUCGUGCUCGUGAUGCUCUUGCUGAGCCAUUGGCGGCUUGCAAGCUCGUGCUCGUGUGCCUUCCACCUACAUCACCGAGUCCGGCGCGUUUGCUGCAUCAGCCUCGUGUGCUACCGCCGCCGCCACCUGGAGAGCCUCGCCAUGCGGGCGCGGGCCAGCAGGGCGAUGGCCGCCUGCGGUCGGCCUCGCGCCGUCGCCGCCGCUGCCAGCCCGAGGCCGAGCCGCGUCCGCGAUCGGGCUCGCGCGUGCGGCUCGCCACCGAGGAGGACGAGAUCGUGCAGCAGGUGACGGCUGAGGCACAGGCCACCGCCGCUGUCGUGUCCUUGACUGCCAGGUGCCAGGCGACGGCAUGCCGGAACGCGUGGCCCAGACGCCGCGCCGCCGCUGCGCGCGGUGCCGGUGAGGGUCAGCCGCGCGUCGACGAGGUGGUCGCCGCUGCUCCGCCCACGGCUGCUCCGCCUACGGCGAUGCAGAGGGUGCAGCGCGUGCAGCCUACCACGGACAUCCAGGCGGCGGACGGCGCGGUCCGCCUCCUUAAGCAGCAGCUGUCCAGGGUCGAGGCCGUGCUGCACUGGAGGGAGAAGGCGGCCCCACACUCCCCGCAGGUGCAGGACUUCCAGUGGAGGGCGUGCGAGCUGCGGCGCCUGGUGGAUGAGGCCGUCGGGCGGCGGGCCGCGCUGGACCCUGGAGGCCCCCCCGGCGCCGCCGCUGUGUAGGCUCGGGCCGCUGCUGCGGCCGGGCCGCCGCCGCCUACUGGGAGAGCCGGCUCCUGCGAGAGCCCAGGCAGGCGGGACUGAGGCAGGCAUGGCGUAUAGAUAAUCGUGC